AUGUUAUCCUUCCAAUCUCCCAAUUUUUUUAUUAUCUUCAUCGGUAUCUCUAUCACCCAAUUCGCAUUUUCUAAUGCAGACGCAGCUAAUUGUAAAACCAGCUAUAGAUCACAAAGACCCGCACGCACAUCAAUUUGCGAGGAUGACUAUGCUACAAAAUACACCUGCUUCACUUCAUCAUGUAGUAAUAAUGGUCGACAAUUCGCUCCAAUGAAGGGUUGUUUACACAACGGUGCAGGCGGUCAAAGUGAACAACAAUGUUCAGGAUACAAGCCUGGUAAAAGCGGACAUUACGAAUGUACAAACUCAGGUGGUCAAAGUUAUCAAUGCCCUUAUUCAGUCUUGAACGUACCUUUCAUCACUUGUGGAGAUUGUGCUCUACCUUAA